AUGGCAACUCGCUUGGUGGGCGAUCGCUUCUGCCCCAACAAGGAAGCGGUUUCCGCCUAUUUAGCUACCUUGUCGUCUGCGGAACGAAGAUUGCGUAAGAACGAGAUGACUGCCACAGCAAACGGGAUUAGCCUUGCUUCCUCUGCGCCCAAGGUUACUGUGGAAUCGAGUGGAAUGCCUACGGUCUCGACAACCAUCGGGGCGCUGUUCAUCGGAUGGGGCCUCUCCAUGCUCAUAUUUGGCCUACUAUGUCUUCAGACGUGGACAUACUUCGGACGCUAUCCACGGGACUCUAUUCGGAACAAGAUACUCGUCAUCUGGUUACUAACGCUCGAAACUCUUCAUCAAAUUCUCGUCGGACAUACUUGCUGGCAGUACACCGUCACCGAUUACGGCCUGUUGGAGGAGGUUCUGUCCAACACUACGGUGUGGAGUCUCAGUACGGUCAUCGUGCUGUCGGGAAUCAUCGCUGCCACCGUGAAGAUAUUCCUUGGCUGGCGCAUCUACAGAGUCAGCCGCGGCAACUACUUAUGGGCGAUCUUCCUCAGUGGCUUAGCUCUUGCUCAAACAGGGCUUGGUCUUGUAUUCUCCGUGAGAGCUGCGCAGAUUCCCGUUAACAAGCUUGACACCCUAAAGCCGUUUGAGUAA